AUGAUGAUUACAAGGUGUCUUAAGAAUGGUAUAAGUAGAUCACCAAUAAGUCUAAACUUAUCAUCGUUAUCUUUUUUUUCAACAUCAUCAACGAAAUAUAAUACAAUCACAACAGAAAUAUCAUCAUCAACCUCAAUACCCUUAUCCUACACUGAUUUUGUCCCAACAACUGAAGAACAUCAAAAAUUCAUAUCUAGAAAAACGGAAAAACCAUUAUUCUCAAGAAGAACAUACCUCAUAGAUUUAUACAAAUACUUAAAUGAUUCAAAUGAAAUUCUUUUAUUUAUUCAUCAUAAUAAUUUAAACAAAAAUGAAAAUACAAAGUUCAGACAAGAUUUAAAGAAACAUGAUUCAAAAUUGACAAUGAUUAAAAAUUCAAUUUACAAAACUUAUUUAAGAUCAUCCAACGAGAUAGAUCCAGCUCUUAUAGGAAAUAAUAAAAAGAACCACAAGAAUACCCAUAAGAUAGAUUCAUUAUUUGUUGGUCCAACUGCAAUAAUAAGUAUUCCAAAAUGUGAACCAUCAAUAGUUUUACAAAUUUCAAAAUUAAUUAAAUCAAUGAAUGAAAAAAUUAUAAUAAUAGGUGCAAAAAUCGAUCAAAAUUCAUUUUUAGAUUCAAAAGAAAUAGAUGAGUUCAAAAACUUACCAAAUAAGGAAACUUUACAAUCUCAACUUGUGGGACUUUUAACAAUGUUGGGUGGUGCUGGUUUGGUAAGAACUUUAGAAACUCCUGGUAAUAUGUUAUAUUUGACUAUGGAAGCUAGAGAAAAAGAUCUUAAUCCUAAUUCUGAAGAAGAGAAGUAG